AUGGCUGCGGGUUGUUCAGUGGUGCCACGGCCGAAGGCGGCCUCUAAGCGGCCUGUGGUAGGACCCGCCAGCGUCCUGCCUUGCUUGGAGCUGCCGACUUAUGCCGCUGCUUGUGUGCUCGUGAAUUGCCGCUACUCUUGCCUCGUGGCCGGGCCGCACCGGAGGCACAUUGCACUGUCGCCCCGCUACCUUAACAGGAAACGCACUGGCAUCCGAGAGCAAAUCGAUGCGGAGCUCCUGCGCUAUUCCGAGAGGAUUUUUUUAAAGGCAUUGCGUUUCAAUUUUGGACUGUCUGCUUAGAGAAACCUUUCAGGUGUCCCCAUUGCAUAUGAUAACAUUAAAGUUGUGGGUGAACUGGGAGAUAUUUAUGAUGAUCAGGGACACAUUCAUCUUAACAUUGAAGCAGAUUUUGUUAUUUUCUGCCCUGAACCAGGACAAAAGCUUAUGGGUACAGUAAGUAAAAUGUCUUCUAGUCACAUUGGCUGUUCGGUACAUGACUGUUUUAAUGCCUCCAUCCCUAAACCCGAGCAAACAUCAGUUGAGCAGUGGCAGACCCUGGAGAUAAAUGUGGGUGAUGAACUAGAAUUUGAAGUAUUUCGUUUAGACUCAGAUGCUGCUGGAGUAUUCUGCAUUCGAGGAAAACUAAAUAUGACUAGUUUACAAUCCAAGUGUUCUAAAGUUUCGGAAGAAGUAACAGAAACCAGUACUGAGGACGCUGUUGAAAAACUUCCAAAGAAGAAAAAGAAAAAGAAGAAAGACCCAGAGACAUAUGAAGCAGAUGAUGGUACCACCGAGCUAACAGAUUUUGCAGAUGUCUCCCCAAACAAAGAGACAGACCUGCAGAUUACUAAUAAUGUGAAUGGCUUCAGUGAAGAAGAGCCAAAGAAGGAGAAGAAGAAGAAGAAGAAGAAAAAGCACCAAGAACAUCAGGAUCAGGACCCUAUUUUCCUGGGUAGUGACUCCAGUGGUUACCAAAGUGACCAUAAAAAGAAAAAAAAGAAAAGAAAACACAGUGGAGAUGCUGAAUUUACCCCACUUUUGGAAUGCUUACCUAAAAAGAAAAGGAGACCCCAAGUCCACCAGUCCCUCAACCCCUGCAUCCCAAAUGUCUGGGGAAAUGCAGCGAAGCAGGCAGGCCCUGGUUCAGGCGCCUUUAUCCCGAAUGAGCUGUCAGAGGAAGAGUUGGUGCUCGGCAAGAGGACUUCCUUCUCAGGCCUUGAUGAGGAUCAGGCAAGCUACUCUUGGAAGGCCUACUUCAGCAGCACUCCCUCUGAAGACCCCCACACCAAGCACCCAUGCCUCCAGGACCCGGGCCUGGUGUUGCCACCUGCCGGGGCCGAGGCUGAGUUCAUGCUGCCCACCUACGGGCUCCAGGGGAGAAGAAGAAAAAUGCAUCCAACCUUGUUCUCAUAUGGCUGUUGUUUCCCCAUCUUUAAGAAAAUCGUGAAGGUGCAGAAUGUUCUUGUCAAGGCAAAGUGA